GUAAGUUAAUGCAAAAACUUUGAGCAGGUUUUCAGAUUGUUUCAAGAUGGAGAAGGUGCCAAGAAGACUGAUUUUACGGGCAUUUCCAUUUUUCUUGUUUCUUGUCUCCUUGGUGCUUUACACUGUCGAUUUGAGACCAGAUGUAGUAGUUCCAUCAGAUCAAUUAGGGAAGAAACAGAGAACAAAUUGGCACGGGAGUGGCAUAAACGAUCAAGAAACGGUUGGGAAGGAACAGAAAACCAAUUGGCGCGGGAGUGGCAUAGAAGAUCAAGAAACGGUAGGGAAGGAACAGAGAGCAAAUUGGAGCGGGAGUGGCAUAGAAGAUCAAGAAACGGUACGGAAGGAACAGAGAACAAAUUGGCGCAGGAGUGGCAUAGAAGAUCAAGAAACAGUAAGGAAUGGCAUAGAAGAUCAAGAAACAGUAGGGAAGAAACAGAGAACAAAAAAUUGGAGCGGGAGUCGCAUAGAAGAGCAAGAAAUCGUAGGGAUGAAACAGAGAACAAAUUGGGGCAGGAGUCCCAUAGAAGAUCAACAAAUGGUAGGGAAGAAACAAAGAAUAGAUCGGGGCGGGAGUCACAUAGAAGAUCAAGAGCAACCGGAUUCCCUCUUUAAAAGACUAGUGACAGGACAAAGUCAAACGCAACUGGAAGCGACCGGAUUUGCUUGCCAUUCUGAUGUUCACACUAAUGUUUGUGUGUCCAAUAGACCAGUAAGGAUCGAUACACGUACAAUGAAGGUUUAUGCACCAUUCAGUCAAGCUAUGACGAACCAAGCAAAUCACACGAUUAGUCCAUAUCCGAGGAGGGAAGAUAAGACAGCCAUGGAAUAUGUUUCACCAGUUCAGAUUCUUCAGGGAAACAUCGCCCCCCCUCCAGCUUGUCAUUAUACCCAUAAUGUCCCAGCGGUAGUCUUCUCAUCCGGCGGCUUCACUGGAAACAUAUUCCAUGAGUUCAACGAGGUUAUCAUUCCUUUGUUCCUCACUACUCGCCACUUUCAAUCUCGCCUACGCUUUGUUGUGGCUGAUUUCAGACCUCCAUUUGUUGCUAAAUAUAGCAAAGUCCUGUCCCGUUUGUCUAUCUAUGAAGUUAUCAAUCCAGCAGCAAAUGAAAGCGUGCAUUGCUUUCCAGGAGCAGUCGUCGGUCUUCACUACCAUGACAAUAUUGCUGUAAAACCCACUGAUUAUAUCCCCGAAGGUUACUCUAUGCUUGAUUUCACGCAAUUUCUCAGAGAUUCUUUCAAUCUAAAGAAACGAGAUUUGUCACAAAUGGAAAAGCCGGUGUUAGUACUUAUAUCGCGUUCAAAAACAAGAAUGUUUCUGAACGAAGAUCAAAUGGUGACCAUGAUGAAGACAUUGGGCUUCAACGUUGUCAUUGCAAAGCCUGAUACGAUGGUCGAUGUACACAAAUUUGCAGAGGUAAUGAACUCGUGCAACGUACUGGUUGGGGCACACGGUGCUGGGCUUACCAAUGAAGUCUUCAUACCCCAAGGGGCUGUCAUGGUGCAAGUGGUGGGGCUGAACCUAGAAUGGGUCUCAACAGCCUACUUUGGUGGGCCGGCUAGAGAGAUGGGUUUGAAAUACAUAGAGUACAAAAUCGAACCGGAGGAAAGCUCUCUCACAUCUCUUUACGGAAAAAACCACCCUAUCAUUACUGAUCCGGCAUCGAUAGAAGCGAAAGGGUAUAGGGUUGGUAGGGCUGUGUACCUUGAAGAGCAGAAUUUUAAAAUUAAUGUUGUGAGGUUCAGAAAGACUCUUGUCCAAGCACUCGAACUUCUUGGGCGCUCGGCUCCUUUGGGAAAAGUGUUUUGAGAUGAUUCCUACUAGCAUAUUUGUGAAUAUCCGAUUAAGAAAUAAGAAAUAAAGAGGAAUCUGUGUUAUUUGGAAUAGAAAGAAACGAUGAAGCACGUCAAUUUGUAAAUUUUACUACUAUUGUUCUCCA